AUGGCUGAAGUCAAGCCCCAGGUGUUGGUGGGCUUCCCAUUGUCUGCCCAUGCAUCCAUCAACUGGAGGAGAAUGCUUGAGGUGUGGGAUGACUCUGCGAGAGAAAUUUGUUUUUCUGUCUAUCCAAUAAUCUCUGACAAGAGAGCAGCGAAUGCCAUGGGAGGCAAGACGGCUACAGCCUGUGAUGGUUGUUUGCGAAAGCGUGCACGUUGGUAUUGUGCAGCUGAUGAUGCCUUUCUUUGCCAAGGUUGUGAUACAUCAGUCCACUCUGCUAAUCAGUUAGCCAGCAGACAUGAGAGGGUUAGGUUUGAAACUGCAUCCUCUAGGUUCAAUGUUUCAGUAAUGAACAGUACUAAUAAUCAAGAUGCUCCACCAGCAUGGCACCAGGGUUUCACUCGAAAGGCAAGAACACCAAGGCAAAACAAGUCCAUGUUGGGGAAACAAAAAGGUGAUGGUAAAGUAUUGAAUUUGAAUCCUCUUGAUCCGCUUGUUCCUGAGAUUGGUAGUGAAGACGGGUCAGUUGAUGAGAACGAAGAGCAGCUGCUUUCCAGAGUCCCAGUUUACAAUCCUUUUGCUUCAGAAUUAUCUAAUAUAGUAACUGGCGAUGGUGAUGAAGAUGGGAAUUUAGAAGUUGACGGUUAUGAACAUGAAGGAACAUGCGAGUUGGAUGAUGGUUUACAUGGUUUUUUAGCAUCAGAUUUGGAUCUUACCGAGUUUGCUGCUGAUGUUGAGAGCUUACUAGAAGUUGGAGCUGAAGAGGAUACUUGUUGUGACAUCAAAGGACCUGAAUUGUUAGAUUGCAAACAGAAACAUGAAAGUAAUGCAUUUCAUGAACGCAAAAUAAUGAAAGUUAAAGAUGAAGAAGAGGAAAGUAUAACAGCUUGUUGCUUUGAUUCUUCUUUUGAUGUGACAAGAGCAUCCUUAAACGGGAGUUUUGAUUACGAGUCACCCACGAUUGGUGAGGAGGAAGAGGUGAAGGUGGUUCCUGUGGUGGAGACAACAAUAAUGAAUGGUGAAAGUAAGGCAGAGAAGAAGAGGAACAUGUUGCUGAGGCUGAAUUAUGAGUCAGUUAUCACUGCUUGGGCCAGCCAAGGCUCUUCUUGGACAACAGGAAGCCGACCAGAAUUUAACCCUGAUGACUUCAUGUCACUCCAGGGCUCAAAUCCUAAAGAUGGUCAUCAUGAUUUGAAUGGAGGCAUAGGGGGAAUAUACAGCCAGGCAAGAGGGAAUCAUACAGAUGGAGAAAGAGAAGCAAGAGUAUCAAGGUACAAAGAGAAGCGAAGAAUGAGACUGUUUUCGAAGAAGAUAAGGUAUGAAGUGAGGAAGCUGAAUGCGGAGCAAAGGCCUAGAAUGAAAGGCAGGUUUGUUAAGAGGACUUCCUUUGUGGGGACUGCUUCUCCUUAAAUCAAUUAAUUAAUAACUGUUGAACUGCAUGCCAAAUCUUACUGUUUGUUUCUUUGCAAGAAUUGGAUUAAUUAGGGUAGUUGUCCUAAUUCAAUUGUUAAACCUCUAUCGCUUGAAGCUACCAUGCUAAUUAACUGAAUUAUGCUGUAAAUUGUAGUCAAGUAAUUUCUGCUUUCUUUCAAUGUUCUGCAUGGGAUAAAUUGAAGAGUUUAUUUCAUUUCUCCAGAUGAUUACAAGAGCACAUGUAUUUGACAAAUUAAUUUAAUUCAUUUUUUUAUGUUAAA